AGUAACUUUGGAAAACGGAAGUAGAUUCAUCGGCACACAGCAGACCGGAAUAACGGAGGUAUUCGAUUGCUGCGAGGGCGUCGACCAUGGAGACCCCCGCGGAUCGCUCCGGCCCGAAAACCGCUUCCGCGUCCUCUGAAGAUAGCGCUUGCGUCGGCGCCGGUACUAGAGGACAAUCAAUGGAGCACGCAACAUGCCCUAAGAUCGAACACGCUGACGUCCACCACCCUCCUCCACCUCCGUCCAGUUCCUCGCCCAAAUCAGUCAGCUGGAGCAGCGAUCUGGUCAGGGAAGCGCCGUCGCCGCCGCCAACUGCGUGGGACGCAGCUGAACGCGAGGGUACCUCCAUACCGACGGAGGGGAAUCCCUACGUCAACCCCGCACCGUUUUCCUCUAAGAAUACCAUGGAAUCAGUGAAGGAAGUGCUGGGGAAGUGGGGGAAGAUGUUGGGUGAGACUGCGAAGAAGACGGAGGAUCUUGCUGGAAACUUUUGGCAGCACUUGAAAACAGGACCUAGUUUUGCUGAUGCUGCCUUGGGGAGGGUAGCUCAAGGAACCAAAGUUAUUGCUGAAGGUGGUUACGAGAAGAUUUUUCAACAGACUUUUGACUCAUUUCCUGAAGAAGAGCUUAAGAAGUCAUAUGCAUGCUACUUGUCAACAUCAGCUGGCCCUGUUAUGGGAACCUUGUACCUUUCUACUGCCAAGCUGGCCUUUUGCAGUGACAACCCUCUUUCUUAUACAAUUGCAGAAAAAACCGAAUGGAGCUACUACAAAGUUGUUAUUCCUCUGCGCCAACUGAGAUCCAUCAAUCCUUCAACAAGCCAAGCAAAUCCAGCAGAAAAAUAUAUUCAGAUUGUGUCAGUUGACAACCAUGAGUUCUGGUUCAUGGGAUUUCUGAGCUAUGAUGGUGCUGUGAAGAACCUGCAGGAAGCCUUGAAUGAUUCUGGUAAUUUUCAGCUCUAGUUUGGAGUACUCCAAUAGUCAGUAUAUAUAACUUUGAUGAAAGGGGGGCUGAUUGUUGGUUCAUCAAAUUUUCUUCUUUGCAUAGCAUUUAAUUUAUUCUAAAUAUUUGAUUAGCUUAAAAGUGUUGUCGGCUUUUCAUGUUUUUCAUCCAUCAAUAAAGUCAGGUAUUAAUGGAUUUUGAAAAUAUCUUUCUUCAAUGGUUUGUGUAGCCCUUGUACAUGCAAUUGUGUUACUUCAAUGAUAUAUAUUCCACAUC